UUCAUUCGCGAGCGCGUCGAGACAGGGCCCAGGCGUCUGCCGACGGACCUCAACAAGUUGAACAACCUCUUCUGCCAGCUCACGGGCGAAGAUGUGGCGACACUGACGGAACUGGUGAAGAAGGCUGAGGUCCAGGGCGGGAGAUAUCCCCCCGCGAUUUCUGCUGACUGCAUCACGCUGGCGGAGUGGGAGGCACGCAAAUAA